CGCACCGUCAGUCAGUCACUGAUAGUUCAGUUGAAAGCAGGCAGCUAUUGAGCGCCACGCGCCGGUCGAAACGCGCACGCGAUCGAAAAACGAAUAAAAAUAAUUUUGGGUGUCCCACUAGGGUGCAUUCUCAGCACAGUGAACAUUUCUAAUUCAUACAUAUAAUUUGUGUUACGUGUCCUGGAAGUGAAUUGUUCUCUGGUCCAGCUUAUGCAGAUGCUGUGAUGCAUGUUCAAAUGUACGAGUGAAAUGCUGAUAACUUCAAGUGAAAAACUCACAGUGAAGUGUAAAUAAGUGUAAGUGUAAAGCAAACAGUGUAUAUGAGUGAAAAAGAGUGUUUGGGUAAAAUGACGAACAUUACGCCGGAGACGAGGAUCAUGAUGAUGAGGGGGGAGGAUGGGAGACAAGGAUACAGACGACAGAUCCUAGCAGCUCUGGCAGUGUCCCUCGGCCCAUUCGCCGCAGGGCUCAGCAAAGGCUACAUGUCACCAGCCAUCGCGUCCAUGCAGGAAGACAGGCUACACAAAGGAUCGUUCACCGUUAGCGAUCAACAGGCGAGUUGGAUUGCGAGUUUAAGUUUACUGGGUGCUCUAGUAGGCGGUAUCCUCGGUGGUAUGGCAAUGAGAAUCGGCCGUAGAUCAGUGCUGUUAAUGACGGCUCUGCCAUACACGGUCGCUUGGCUCGCCACGGCGCUGUCCACCAGCGUCGAUAUGAUAUCUGUGACUUCCUUCUGCGGAGGCAUGCUGGUUUGCUGCAUAACAAUGAUAACUCAGGUUUAUGUGACAGAAAUAGCCGUGCCAGAAAUUCGAGGUUGCCUCAGUUCAGUGCUGAAGAUAUUAAGCCAAAUAGGUUUCCUCAUAUCAUUCUCUCUUGGAGCUUAUCUCAAUUGGCAUCAGUUGGCUCUAGUCGUCGCAGCUGCACCAGUUCUUCUCUUCUUGGCUCUUCUUUUUAUACCUGAAACACCGUCUUCUCUUCUCCUACGGGGGAAAGAAGAAGAAGCGGCAGAUUCCCUCCAGUGGCUAAGAGGCCCAGAUGCUGACAUACGACAGGAAUUGGCAACGAUCAGAACUAAUAUACUAGCAAGCAAACAGUACCAUGACGGUCGAGCUGGGAAAUUCAAAGUACUUCUAUCCAAAAGAUUAACUAGACCCGUCCUCAUUACUUGCGGUCUCAUGUUCUUCCAAAGAUUCACCGGCGCUCAUGUAUUUAACUUUUACGCGGUCUCAAUAUUUAAAAAAACUUUCAGAAUGAUGAAUCCACACGGUGGUGCAAUUGCGACCAGUGUUGUUCAACUUCUAGCCUCUUGUCUCUCUGGAAUGUUGAUUGAUAAUGUUGGCCGAUUGCCUUUACUCAUGAUCAGUGGAGUUAUGAUGUCCAUAGCAUUCGCUGGUUUUGGUUCUUACGCGUAUUACGAUUAUGUCUUCCGAAAUACAACAGAUCUAACUCAAACGGUACAAGGAUCGUACGAUUGGAUACCAUUAUUAUGCGUUCUUACAUUUACAAUUGCAUUUUCUCUUGGUAUUGGUCCGAUAUCCUCACUCUUAAUAGGAGAAUUAUUUCCUUUAGAAUAUAGAAGUACUGGUAGUGCUUUAGCAACUAGUUUCAGCCACUUGUGCGGCUUCGUUAAUGUCAAAACUGCAGCUGAUUUUCAAUAUUACAUUGGUUUAUAUGGUCUGUUUUGGAUGUAUGCAGGUUUAGCUGUUCUUUGUCUUUUAUUUGUUGUACUAUUCGUGCCAGAAACGAAGGGUCGCGAAAUAGACGAAAUGGAUCCGAAAUAUGUAGAAUCUUUAUGUAUUAAUCGAUAGUAUUAUAAACGAAAGUAGCGGUGUUUGCAAAUAUAGACUGAAUAUCUUUGUAGAAAAUAGUGGAACGUGUCUCGAAAAGGCACAGAAGAACACAGUGUUCCUAAGACGCUGUGUUC